CAUUUUACCGGAACCAGCGCGAGAUCAACGAGGUAAAGCAAACACGGAAGUUCAGAUGCCGUUCUACCAAAACAAAAUUUAUGUUAAUUGACAGAUGCGUUGUUCUCAGAUAGAGCUGCAGCUUUUUAGUGACUUUAUUUAUUGUAAUAUUACGACAAUUGAUCCUUCAGGACUAUCAUCAUCGAUAGGUGAUAAAUAUUAGUUUUCUCGGUUAUUCUUCUAGUUUCCUCAAAGGAAAAAGGAAGUGUCCUUUCAGAUGACAGCACUACAUCUUUUGUAAAAAAAAAAAAAAAAACAAUCUCCUGCACUCACACACCUCAUCUAUGUUCAUCUGUCUAGCCUUACAUUUAGAAUGGAAAGGGGACAAAUGAAGAUGCUCUGAGGCCUAAAUCUUACCGUUUUUACUUUCUAAAAGUCGGAAGAAGCACUUUUAUUUUGAUAGUCUGACCGGAAAUGGUUGCUUGAGGGUUUGUUUGUCUUUCAACAGCCGCAAACACGUCAGCCCAGCCUGUCUUUAGCCGAGAGUAACCGAUCCAAACCGAACCCUAUCCGGACUUCAUCCAUUCUGACGCGACAUGGAGGACACUUACGUUAAACCCGGGAACCAGGAGCGGGGCUGGAAUGACCCCCCCCAGUUCUCAUACGCCCUUCACAUGGCCCGUGGGCCUCCGAGGAACCUCCUGAACAAGAGAGUGGCUGUUCCUGCGGAUUCAGGCCCUGGAGACCGUCCCGCAGCCCAUCCCUCUGCCAAUCCGUUGGGGCCACCCCCAUGUGGUGUAGCCCAGCCCCCAGGAAGUGUAGGUCCACCCCCUAGCGGUAUCGCCCCGCCCCCUUUAUUAUCAGCUGGACCCCCCCCUGCCGGAGUGACCACGUCUUUUCAUCACCAUGAACCAAUUAACACUCAGGGAGACACAGGCGUCAGCCAAUCAGAGCCCAGCCUGGAUCUGGUGAUGUCUGUACUGAAGCGAGCGCUGCAGGCCUGCAGAGCGUCUGUGACGGAUUACGUCUGUAAUGAAAUGGAGAAGAGGCUCCGCCUCCUAGAAGACAGCUGGAGGUCAGAAAAGCUCAGUUUCCCCGUGAAGAGGCGCAUGGAGGUCCUGACACGAGAGUUGCAGAUGGGGAACUGGAGUUCAGCGGAUGAGGUCCAUCGCUCUCUGAUGGUUGAUCAUGUGACUGAGGUCAGCCAGUGGAUGGUCGGUGUCAAACGACUCAUUGCAGAGACCCAGAAUCUGAGUCCUGAACUCCUUGAUACACUAAAGAACCCAACAGAACCAAACCAGGACUCUGAAGAACCAGCACCAGAUCCAGCUCCCCUCUCCUGACUUUCCUUCUGCAAACAAUGACUUUGAGUCCAAACCAAAUCUGCAAUCUGGUCUCUGGAAGAUUCUGUGCUCUACAGUUUCCGCUGGGGAUCAGAUUGUUGACACUCCGAUGCCUUACUUCUGUGUUUUGACUAAAGCUCACACUCUGGGCUCCUCCCCCCAGAGACUGAGCUCCUCCCACCAGAGUCCAGGCUCUUCCCACCAGAGUCUGGGCUCCUCCCCUCCAGAGUCUAGGCUCCUCUCACCAGCCUGUGGCCACCUCCCACCAGAUUCUGGGCUCCUCCCUCUAGAUUAUAGGCUCCUCCCACCAGAUUCUGGGCUCCUCCCACUAGAGUUUGGGCUCCUCCCUCCAGAAUCUAGGCUCCUCCCUCCAGAAAUGUGUAACUGGGCCUGAGGAACCCUGGAUGAUAGCUGCAGUCCAGAUCAGAGCUCACAGUCUGAUGUUGAGCUUAAUGGACUUCACAGCCUCUGGAAUCCUUGAUUGAGAUUUUGGAUUCUGGAGCCUUAGUUGUGGACAUAAUGACUGUUCCUGGAACAAAAGAUCUAUGGUAGUUAAAAGCUGCUGAGGGGUUCAUCAUCUGAAGGUUUGGUUGUUUCCAUGCUUGUGUUCAAUAAAACAAACUGAAGCAGGA